AUGGAAGACAUUCUAGCUGCUGCAGCAUCUUCUCCGGCUUCGCUACUCUGCGAAGCAACACUUGCUGCACCUAAGCAACGGUUGCAGUUCAUCAUGCAAAACCAGCGAGAGUGGUGGGUUUAUUCUAUCUUCUGGCAGGCAUCAAGGGAUCGAGACGGGCGCCUGCAAACACUUGCCGAUAACGGCGUGAAGGUGACCACUCAGGACAUCUUCGGGAGAAGGAAGGCAGGGAAAGAAGUUCCUUCGUCCUUUCCCUGGAGGGAUUCUACUUCCCACAGCAAAAGCGAUGGAUUUGGUGAUGGCCGGGAUGUGCUUUGUGUCCGGAGAAGACCUUCUGGUCCGAACCUUCAAUUCGGUUCGUAUGCGUGGUUAGUUGGAGAUCACCAACUCCUGUUUUACAACUGCGAGAGGGCUAAAGAAGCUCAUUCUCAUGGAGUUAAAACUUUUGUUUGCAUCUCCACUUCAGGUGGAAUUCUGGAAUUGGGAUCCUCAGAAUUGAUAAAAGAAGACUGGGGACUGGUGCAACUUUGCAAGACACUGUUUGGCUCAGAAGAUCAAAACAGCACCAGCAGUACUAGUACAACUACCACCACCGGAGACGCCAUCCUUGGUAGUAAUAAUACUACUCCUGCAGGAGGAGGACUGUUUGACAUUGGCGGCCUGCUAGGUCAUGAUGCCAAACAAAGCUCACUGCAGGAAGACAAGCCCCAGGAAAGCAACUUAACAAUUAUGAACAUUGAUGAUGAAUCCGCUUCAGGAACGCUGACACCAAUAGGUGGGCAGCCGAUAUCAACCGGAUCUGCAGGGAUGGCUCACACUGGUCCCAAACUAUUGGAAACUCAAAAUUUCAUGCCCGAGGCGGCAGGAAAAUGGAGCAAGGUCCGAUCGCCGUCAUCGAGAAGAAGAAUGAGAGAGGCAUCCAUGACGGGGCAAGAAAUGGCGCUGAACCAUGUGGAGGCAGAAAGGCAGAGGCGAGAGAAGCUCAAUCACAGAUUCUAUGCUCUCAGAAGCGUGGUACCCAACGUGUCCAGAAUGGACAAAGCCUCGCUUCUUGCAGAUGCAGUCGCUUACAUCAACGAGCUCAAGGCCAAAAUUCAGGAAUUGGAGGCCAGAGUUGGGGUUGGAUCGCGAGGAGGAGCACAAUAUCAUGAUCGCAAACUACUUGUUACUACUGCCACAAGCUGCGGGGAUUUCAUUCAAGAGACUCAAAGCACCGUCACAGCUGAUCAAAAUCAAAGCGGAAUGUCAUCUAAACCUUAUAAUAGUGUUCCAUAUACUGCUAAUAAUUCGAGUCAUGAAAUCCAUGUAAAGUUUGUGAAUGGAUCGGUAGCCAUUCUCCACAUUCUAUGUCCGGAUGUGAAUUACCCAUCAGCCAAAUUGAUGGAUGCACUGCGACAAAUGGAGCUCCAAGUUUGCUCCGCAAGCUUCUCCCCCGUACAGGACUUGAUGCUACACACGAUGUUGUGAUUAGGAUUCCCAGAAAUGAUGCUUUGGCUACCGAGGAUGCUCUCAAAACUGCACUCCUUAGAAGGUUACGGCUUUAAAUCCCAUCACAGUUUCACCCACUGAAGCGGGAAACUCAGGAGCUCCUCCACAAUUUCUGUAACACUAGCUGUCUGCUGUACAUGGCUUCAUAGCAUAGCAUAAAGCGGAGGCAUGCAGCUGGGCCCUCCUCGCCUCCCCUUUAAAUUUUAAAAGCUUUUCUUACCCUCUACGAAAUUUUACAAUUUGCGUACGAAGUCCUUCUCUUGCCCCCUGAAAUCGUGAUCUAAUACUGUAAUAUAGGGGGAAAAAAAUGUAAUUUUAGUUCUUAAUAUUUAGUUUCUAUGCA